GCCUGGCCGGGCCGAUUCUCCAGCGCACGCCCCAACCCUGGCGCGGCCGCGAACUUUAACUCUCAUCUCCAGGACCUGGGCUCAGCGCACCAGCCAAGUCCGACCCGAGUACCUCGGGACCCUCCAGAAGCACCGGGGCUCCUGGGCCAGGGCGGUCCCUUACGGCCCGGCUCCCUGCAGCAGAAGAGGCUGGCCCGGGUAGCCCUGGCAAGCGAGUCUCAGGCCUCAGAGAAGCGCUGGGACGCAGACGGGAUCAAGAAAAGGACCCGCCAACUGCUCCCAGUCCUCGGGUUCUGGGAGAGAUAAGCACGGGUCUGUUCCCAUCCUUUCGAACCGCCCGCGUAGAACCGAACCGGCGCGAGGGGCCGGUCGGUGGGACGGCGAGGCCGCCGAGAGGAAGGUGCAAUGGCAAAGAAUUUAUCUUUUAUCUUGGUCCUGAUCUUAGCCCUUUCCGUCACAAAUCUCCUUCAAGAACUAGAAUCAGCAGCUGCUUUCUCUCAGACCACUGAGAAAAUCAGUCCAAACUGGGAAUCUGGCAUUAAUGUUGACUUGGCAUUUACCACACAGCAACAUCAUGUGCAACAGCUCUUCUACCGCUAUGGGGAGAACAAUUCCUUAUCAGUUGAAGGGUUCAGAAAAUUGCUUCAGAAUAUAGGCAUAGAUAAGAUUAAAAGAAUCCAUAUACACCACGACCACGAGCAUCAUCCUGACCACGACCGUCGCUCUCACAGGAAUCAUGCUGCUUCCGGUAAAAAUAAUCGGAAAGCUCUUUGCCCAGACCAUGACUCUGAUGCUUCAAGUAAAGAUCCUCGAAACAGCCAGGGAAAAGGAUCUCACCGACCAGAACACACCGAUGGUAGAAGAAAUGUCAAGGAGAGCAUCAGUGCCAGUGUAGUGACCUCAACUGUGUAUAACACUGUCUCUGAAGGGACUCACUUUUUGGAGACAGUAGAGACUCUGAAAUCUGGAAAACUCCCCAAAGACGUAAGCAGUUCCACCCCACCCAGUAUCACAGAAAAGACCCGGGUGGGCCGGUUGGCUAGUAGGAAAAUCAAUGAGUCUGUGAGUGAGCCCAGAAAGGGCUUUGUGUACUCCAGAAACAUAAAUGACAAUACUCAAGAGUGUUUCAAUGCUUCAAAGCUGCUUACAUCUCAUGGCAUGGGCAUCCAAAUUCCACUGAAUGCCACUGAGUUCAACUAUCUCUGCCCAGCCAUCAUCAAUCAAAUUGAUGCUAGAUCUUGUCUGAUUCAUACAACAAGUGAAAAGAAAGCUGAAAUCCCUCCAAAGACCUAUUCUUUACAAAUAGCCUGGGUUGGUGGCUUUAUAGCCAUUUCCAUCAUCAGUUUCCUAUCUUUGCUGGGGGUUAUCUUGGUGCCUCUCAUGAAUCGAGUGUUUUUCAAAUUUCUCCUAAGUUUCCUUGUGGCAUUGGCCGUUGGGACUUUGAGUGGCGAUGCUUUAUUACACCUACUUCCACAUUCUCAUGCAAGUCACCAUCAUAGUCAUAGCCAUGAAGAACCAGCAAUGGAAAUGAAAAGAGGUCCACUUUUCAGUCAUCUGUCAUCUCAAAACAUAGAAGAAAGUACCUAUUUUGAUUCUACAUGGAAAGGUCUGACGGCUCUAGGAGGCUUGUAUUUCAUGUUUCUUGUUGAACACGUACUUACAUUGAUUAAGCAAUUUAAAGAUAAGAAGAAAAAGAAUCAAAAAAAACCUGAAAAUGAUGAUGACGUGGAGAUUAAGAAGCAGUUGUCCAAGUAUGAAUCUCAACUUUCAACAAAUGAGGAGAAAGUAGAUACAGAUGAUCGAUCUGAAGGCUAUUUACGAGCAGACUCACAAGAGCCCUCCCACUUUGAUUCUCAGCAGCCAGCAAUCUUGGAAGAAGAAGAGGUCAUGAUAGCUCAUGCUCAUCCUCAGGAAGUCUACAAUGAAUAUGUACCCAGAGGGUGCAAAAACAAAUGCCAUUCACAUUUCCAUGAUACAUUGGGCCAGUCAGAUGACCUCAUUCACCAUCAUCAUGACUACCAUCAUAUUCUCCAUCACCAUCACCACCAAAACCAUCACCCCCACAGUCACAGUCAGCGCUACUCUCGGGAGGAGCUGAAAGAUGCUGGCAUUGCCACGUUGGCUUGGAUGGUGAUAAUGGGGGAUGGCCUGCACAACUUCAGCGAUGGCCUAGCAAUUGGUGCUGCUUUCACUGAAGGCUUGUCAAGUGGUUUAAGUACUUCUGUUGCUGUGUUUUGUCAUGAGUUGCCUCAUGAGUUAGGUGACUUUGCUGUUUUAUUGAAGGCUGGCAUGACCGUUAAGCAGGCUGUGCUUUACAACGCUUUGUCAGCCAUGCUGGCCUAUCUUGGGAUGGCAACAGGAAUUUUCAUUGGUCAUUAUGCUGAAAAUGUUUCCAUGUGGAUAUUUGCACUUACUGCUGGCUUAUUCAUGUAUGUUGCUCUGGUUGAUAUGGUACCUGAGAUGCUGCACAAUGAUGCUAGUGACCAUGGAUGUAGCCGUUGGGGCUAUUUCUUUUUACAGAAUGCUGGGAUACUUUUGGGUUUUGGAAUUAUGUUACUUAUUUCCAUAUUUGAGCAUAAAAUUGUGUUUCGUAUAAAUUUCUAAUUAGGAUAUGAAUGCUAGAGUAGCUUAAAAAAUAUUGCUGUCAAUAGUUUAAGUAGGUCAUAGGAAGAUGAGUUUGUGCUACAAAAUGCAGCAUUUAAAGCUAGUAGAUUUUGUGAUUUUUGUAUUGAAUAUUGCCAUUUGUUAUGCUUAUAAGGUCAGUUAUGUUAAUAACAUAAAGGUAUGGUUUAGCUGGACGUGGUGGCGCACGCCUGUAAUCCUAGCAACUCAGGAGGCUGAAGCAGGAAUAUCGCAAGUUCAAAGCCAGCCUCAGCAACUUAGCAAAGUCCUGAGCAACUUAGCGAGACCCUGUCUCAAAAAAAAAAGGGGGGGGGCUGGGGAUAUGGCUCAAUGGCUAACCCCCCUGGGUUCAUUCCCUGGUACCAAAAAAAUAAAAUAGAAGGUACGGUUUAAUGUUUAAAUUAUUCUGUUUUGGAAAUGUAAACUAUGUGUGCAAAUCACCAAUACUUCCAGUUUAGUGUAUAAAAAAGAGACUUGGCAUGACAUGUUCUGUAUAUUUCAGGGAAAAUGUUUUUAAUGCUUUUUGUAGAACUUAAUGUAACCAGUAAUUCCUAUACUGGAUUUCAGGCCUCUGAAGAACUGUUGGUGUUAAGGAGUAAGAAUGUACACAAAGCCUAAGAUACCUAUUGAUCUGUACUGAAUUUAAGCUAUGAUGAGGAAGAAAAGAGAAGAAUUUGAGAAUUGAAGACUUGUUGAUUUCUUACAAAAAUCACAAAAUUGGUUGUAAUAUUGAACAGAAAUGUUAGAUGCAAGUUUUAAAAGGCAAAAGUAGUAUAGAGUUCAUUCAUACACAUCUUUUCCGAAGUAGUAACGAUCCUAUAAAAACAGGAGCACUUUUCAUAUGGUAACUUAUUGUACAUUGGUUUGUAUAAAUGAAGUCCAGAUAUAUUUAAUGAAUUCAAGCAAUAUGUCACUUGACCAAUAAAUUGGAUUUUUAACUAUUUGUGUGGAGAUAUGGCAGAUGAGUAUUGUAAGUUUAUCACCAAAAGACUUGCUUAUCACCAAGUUAUAUAUCACCAAAAGCUAUAAUAAUGAUUGGUUAUCUGGUUUUCCCAAUGUCAGAGUAUUAAAACUUUGAUCUAUGUGAGGACAUCAGAACCCAUUCUAAGUGUAAUUUGACUUCUUGGAUUUCAGAAAGUACUUUGGUAUCGUUCAGUGCUUCAGUGUUGUCAUUGUGAGCAAUUGUCCUUUUAUAUAUGGUACUGUGGACAUACCAGGGCCAUCUGUGGCAAUAUCUAGAUGUUUCUUUCCUACAAAAUAAAUUUUUCUUGUCAACUCAA